AUGGCGUCAAGAUCGUACGACAAAGUCACUGAUAUCUGCGAUCAAAUUAUGCUUCAGAUUGCUUCACAAGGUCUUGCAUUUCAAGACGAAUGGUCAUUUGAUGUUCAUCUUCUAGGGCAUAUUUACCUUAAUGAUCUCCAAUUGGUAGCCGCAGGAGGAAAUGAUAUAAAUCAGUGUUUGGAUAAGGAGACCCCCAUGGUACUCUGUCUACAUGGACAGCUGACGACCAAGACUGCUGCAAUUGGAGUGGAGUCAUGUGCAGCAAACAAUCAGUUGAAUAAUCUUGCUCUUUCCUUCAAUUCUUUUAAUGGAACCAUUCCCACCUUCAUUGGUUCUUUGAGUCAAUUAACUUACCUUGACCUUUCUGAGAACUCUCUUUAUGGAACCAUUCCUCCAGAGCUUGGAAACCUCACCAACUUGCAAGAGCUUCAUCUUGAUUAUGUUGGAAGGUGUAUAGUGGAAAAGGUAGAGUGGUUGUCUCAUCUCUCUCAGUUGGAGGUACUUGUAAUUGAUGGGGUUUCCCUGUCCAAAGCAAAUCAUUGGGUAGAUGUAAUUUCAAAUCUCCCAAAACUCUCAUGGUUAAGUUUACAGGGAUGUGAGCUGUCACAGGUCAUGUAUCCAUAUUCUUCUUCAUUUCUCAACUCAUCUUCUUCAUCUAUUGUUAAGCUUUAUCUCAAUGACAACAAUCUGACCUCAUCCAUGUAUCGUUGGUUUUUCCCAUUAACCACCAAUAACCUCCUUUCUCUUGAUCUCUCUAGAAAUAUGUUAGAUGGGAUACCCAAAUAUCUUGGUAACCUCUGUAGUUUGGAACGUUUAUACUUCUAUAACAACUCUGGUGUUAUCAAAUUUCCUGAUUUUCUCAACAACUUGUCUGGAUGCACAUCCCUUUCAUUACUAUUUUUAUUUGGAAUCCUUUGUUGUUUAAGCAAACAAUUUAAUAACCUCGUGCACAACUAUUUUGCUUACACUUAUUUUUGUGGAACGUUGCAUUGA